AUAAAAAGAUGGUGGAUAGGCUCUAACAUGACAACAUCCCACUAGGAAAAACUGACUUGCCUUUUAAAUUCUUUCAACCCUCAUACGUUAAAGGAGAAAGGCCCAGUGUUGAGGGGGUGGGUCAUGCCUUUAUAUUGCCGGGUGCUUGGUUAUUUCCCAGUUGAACAGUGAGAGCAGGCCUUGGGCUCUGAGCCUUUAGCAGGAAACAGUGUCUGCUUGAUAGGAAAUGACAGUACAGGUGGUACUCAGAUACUGUAAGAUGUUUGAGGCUGGUUAAGAAAAUGAAAGUUUGGGAGGUACUGAUACAAGUCACAGAAAACGUUUGCCUGUCUCAUUUUAUUUAUCAGGUAGACAACCAUCUCACACAAACCUGGGGUCCCUUCCAACACAGUGCCUCUGUACCUGGGGCAGAUGGUCUGCUCAGGCCACUGCCUGCUGCCUAAGGCAUCUGACACCCAGAGAAGGGGUUCCAAUGGCAAGGACUGGAAACAGACCACAUAGAGAAGGCAGGGUGGCCCACAGGAACCCCUAGACACCAUCCCUCAUCAGUUCAUAGGCAACUGAAAUGGGGGAAAGGGGAUAUGUUUAAGGACAAUAUAAAAGGCAAAAUCUCAAAUGGGAAAAUGUUUAUCCACCAUUUUAUUUCCCAUUGGUUGUUUUUGCUGGGGAAAUUUCCUGACUGUUUUAAAUUAAGCAAGAUGUCCACCCAGAUUAUUUUGUUAGGCCUGUUUGUGUGUUUGCUUUUUUGUUUGUGUAAUUAAACUUUUUUUGAGGUAAUUGUACAUUCACAUGCCGUUGUCAGAAAUAAUACAGAGUGAUCCCAUACACUCUUUAUUCAGCUCCCCAGUGGUAACAUCUUGCAAAACCAUUGGACAAAACUGCAAUCAGGACACCGACGUCAAUACAGUUUAAGAUGCAGAACAUUCCAUCACCACAAGCCUUUCUCCUGUUGUCCUUUUAUAGCCACCUCACCCCCCACCUACACAGGCCUGGCCUGCCCCAUCAAUCACUCAUCUGCUCUCUACUUCUGUAGUUUUGCCACUUCAAGAAUAUUACACGAAUGUAAUUAUACAGUAUGUAACCUUGGGGACUGUUUUUUUUCACUCAGCACACUUCCCUGGAGAUUUGUCUGAGUUGUUGUGUGUGUCACUAGUUCUGUCCUUUGUGAUUGGGUGGUACUCUACGGUACAGAUGGACCAGUCUGUUUAACCAUCGCCCCUGAAGGACCUCUGUGCUGUUUCCAGCUGUGGGUUUUAUGACUAGAGCUGGUAUGAACAUUUUAUGUACAGAUUUUUGUGUGAACAUGACUUUUCAUUUCUCUGGGAUAAAUGUCCAAGAGUAGGUAUGUUUGUUUUUAAUAAAUUAAUUGCAUUCAUUUACAAUCAGGAUGUUUCACCUACAAAUCCAUGUUCCUAAUUUCUCAAUAAACAUAAGAUCUGGAAACAUGGGGCAACAAGGACUCAUGAUCCUGGUGGGCCAGAGCGCUUCAGUCCCCCAAAGCCCCACCUCGUCCUUUUAUGUAUUUAUUUACCUCCUGGCAAGGCUCCUGGUUUGCCAACUGAAGUGGGCAGAAUGGGAACAUGAUGGGUUAUAUCUUGAUUUUUAAAUGUAUGUGUUUGUAUAUGCAUAAGCUUUCUCUGGAAGUGUAUUCAAGCAGAAAACACUGACCAUGGGGAAGGUACCGGGUGACGGGAAAGCCCGGGAAAUCACUUGCAUUCUGAGCCCUUUUGACCUUUUUAAUUUACACUAUCUGACUGCAAACUGCAUCAAUAAAAUGUGCCAACAAGAGCAAGAAGAUUUCCUCACUGAUUUCCCUUUGGGGCUGCUUUGCCAUACAACUCUUCUGUUUCCCAUUGGAAUUCUCCUCCCAGAGCACCUGGGAAGGACCCAGGGAAGACCCCCCACCCCCUCCCAGCUUUGGGAUCUCUAGAGGUUCCCCCAACCCACACAUUCCCUGGUCUGGGGCCCUCAGGUUUUGAGGGUGACCCCCAAGACACCGCUCAUCACCAUCCAAAGGCCAAUGACCUCUGAGCAGCAGGCUCAGAUGCACCUAGGCCUCUCUGAAGCCCAGUGAGGUAUCUAUGCCCAGGCCAGGGGCCACCUCCUCUAAGAAGCCUUCCGCAGCCUGACUGAAAUUCGUCUUCUCCUUCCUUGUCAGGCGGUGGCAUCAAUGUGUGCCUUCCGGGUUACAAUUCAGGGCACACUUCCUGGACCCUUCCCAGGAGCUGGGCCUGCACAUGCUCACCCGGGGCCCCUUCCUGAGUCCCACGAGGCUGCGCCCUUCCUGUGACAGAUUAACAUUUUAGAGACACUGGUGCUGGCCGAACCAACCCUCAUGCAAUUCACAAGGAAAACAACUACAAACCAUACAGCACACAAAGUAGACUGAAUUUAAGAACUGAGGUGUCUGCACGCAGACGAAUUCGAUGAUGCUGCACGUGUUCUCUUUCUCUUUCACUCUGGGGGAGGUGCGGUGAGCCUGAGCUGGCGCCCUGAGUCUGCCCUUUGGGUACCCCCCUCCCGCUUCUGGAAGGCAGUGGGUGCAGUGUAGAGAACAAGGGCUUUGGGACCAGAGAGCCCCAGCACUGCCCUUCUUGGCUGAGUGAUCUUCGGGCCACUCAACCUGUUUCUUCCUGGAGAAAUAGGGAUCAUAUGGCCUUCCUGGCAAGGCCGUGAGGUGGCUGACGGGGGAGGAAGCACCUAUAGUGCACUCAGAGCUGCGACAGGUCUUCUUCCCCUUGCGGAACACACGGUCCCCCUUCUUGAAAGUGUAGACUUGGGUGAGGCGCACAUCAGCACUCCGCCUCCCGGAUCUCCUCGGUGCUUGUCCCUUUGCGCGCUCAGUUCAAGGUAUGGGGAGCCUGGCGGCCUACCUUAGGCUCUGCCCAGGUCCAGAGGCGCUGGACGGAGCCAAACGAAAGACUGCGGGCAUCUGGGAGGCUCCACAUUGGCCUGCAGUACCGUCGGAGAGAGUGACACCAGGGGGUACGAGCAUGGAGGCCAGAAAACGGCUCAGGGCUUCCCGCGUGCUCCAGGGGUGCCCCGCAGCCGGGCGCGCGCUCCAUCCUUUCUCCCCCUACUGUGGUGGUUCGGGCACGCGCCCCAGCCCCUUCCUCCGCCCCGCGUGGCCACGGGGGAUCGCCGGGAGCUCGGCCCCCUCAGUUCCCGCGCUCGGGCCCCGCCGGGGCCCAGGAAGUGGCCCGAGGCCUUGGCCCUCGCCCCGCCCCUCUCCCUCCCGCGCUCAUCACCUGCUGGCUCCGCGGGCGGGCGGGCGAGGACGGAGGGCGCGAGGGGGAGCGCGCGGGCAGCCCGGCGCCGGGUCGCGGGAGGUGAAGCGCCGCGAGGAUGGCGGCGCGGGCUCAGGGGCUGUCGCUGCUGCUGCUCGCGCUCUCGGUGCUGCUGGCGCUGGGCCCCACCGCCGCGGCGGCCAAGCUCAACAUCCCCAAAGUGCUGCUGCCCUACACGCGGGCCACGCGCGUGAACUUCACUCUGGAGGCCUCCGAGGGCUGCUACCGCUGGUCCUCGACCCGGCCAGAGGUGGCCAGCAUAGAGCCGCUGGGGCCGGAUGAGCGGCAGUGCUCCCAGAAGGCCGUGGUGCAGGCCCGCCUGUCCCAGCCCGCCCGCCUGACCAGCAUCAUCUUUGCCGAGGACAUCACCACGGGCCAGGUCCUUCGCUGUGAUGCUAUCGUGGACCUCAUCCAUGGCAUUCAGAUCGUGUCCACAACCCGUGAACUCUACCUGGAGGACUCCCCGCUGGAGCUGAAGAUCCAGGCCCUGGACUCCGAAGGGAACACGUUCAGCACCCUGGCUGGGCUGGUCUUUGACUGGACAAUUGUGAAGGACACGGAGACCAGCCGGUUCUCAGACUCCCACAAUGCACUGCGGAUCCUCCCGUUCUUGGAGUCUACGUACAUACCUCCUUCCUACAUCUCAGAGAUGGAGAAGGUGGCCAAGCAGGGGGACACCAUCCUGGUGUCUGGGAUGAAGACCGGCAGCUCCAAGCUCAAGGCUCGCAUCCAGGAGGUUGUCUACAAGAACGUCCGCCCUGCAGAGGUCAGGCUGCUGAUUUUGGAGAACAUCCUUUUGAACCCAGCUUAUGAUGUCUACCUGCUGGUGGGGACCUCCAUUUGCUACAAGGUGCAGAAGAUCAGGCAAGGAAAGAUCACAGAACUCUCCAUGCCUUCGGAUCAGUAUGAGCUGCAGCUUCAGAACAGUAUCCAGGGGCCUGCGGGAGACCCGAGCCAGCCUGUGGCUGUCUUGGCUCAGGACACGUCCACAGUCACUGCGGUGCAGCUGGGACAGAGCAGCCUGGUCCUCGGCCACAAAAGUAUCCGUAUGCAGGGUGCUUCCAGGUUACCUAACAGCACUAUCUAUGUAGUGGAGCCCGGAUACCUGGGGUUCACAGUCUACCCUGGUGACAGAUGGGUGCUCGAGACUGGCCGCCUGUACGAAAUUACCAUUGAAGUGCUUGACAAGUCUGGUAACAAAGUCUACCCAUCAGACAACAUCCGCAUUGAAACCGUGCUCCCUGCUGAGUUCUUUGAGGUGCUGUCUUCUUCCCAGAAUGGGUCGUACCAUCAUGUCAGGGCAAUGAAGAGAGGCCAAACAGCCAUCAAUGCAGCCCUCACCUCCGUGGUGGACCAGGACGGAGGGGUCCACGCGUUGCACGUGCCUGUGUGGAACCAGCAGGAGGUGGAAAUUCACAUCCCCAUCACCCUCUAUCCCAGCAUCUUAACAUUUCCGUGGCAACCAAAGACGGGCGCCUAUCAGUACACGAUAAAGGCGCUUGGCGGGAGUGGGAACUUCAGUUGGUCUUCGUCGAGUCACAAUGUUGCCACGGUCACUGUCAAGGGCGUCAUGACGACAGGCAGUGACAUAGGACUCAGUGUAAUCCAGGCACAUGAUGUUCAGAAUCCACUGCAUUUUGGGGAGAUGAAGGUAUAUGUGAUCGAGCCCAGUGGCAUGGAGUUCGCCCCGUGCCAGGUAGAGGCACGAAUGGGCCAGACCCUGGAGCUGCCCCUGCGGAUCACUGGCCUCAUGCCCAGCGGGGCCAACGAGGUGGUCACCCUGAGCGACUGCUCCCAUUUCGACUUGGUGGUUGAGGUGGAGAACCAGGGUGUGUUCCAGCCGCUGCCAGGGAGGCUGCGGCCGAGCUCUGAGCACUGCAGCGGCGUCAGGGUACGCGCCGAGGCCCAGGGCUACACCGCGCUACUCGUGAGCUACAGGCACGGCCACGUCCACCUGAGUGCCCGUAUCACCAUUGCUGCCUACCUGCCCCUCAAGGCCGUGGACCCCUCCUCCGUCGCCUUGGUGACCCUUGGCUCUUCAAAGGAGAUGCUGUUUGAAGGAGGUCCCAGACCCUGGGUCCUCGAGCCGUCAAAGUUCUUCCGGAACGUCACCUCCGAGGACACACAUAGCAUCAGUCUUGCUCUGUUUGGCCCCCCUGCCUCCCGGAAUUAUGAGCAACACUGGAUCCUCGUGACCUGCCAGGCCUUGGGUGAACAGGUCAUUGCCCUCUCGGUGGGGAACAAGCCCAGCAUGACCAACCCUUUCCCUGCGCUGGAGCCGGCCGUGGUGAAGUUCGUGUGUGCCCCGCCGUCCAGGCUCACCCUGACACCUGUCUACGCCAGCCCCCAGCUGGACCUGUCGUGUCCGCUGCUGCAGCAGAACAAGCAAGUGGUUCCAGUCUCCAGCCAUCGCAACCCCGUCCUGGACCUGGCCGCCUAUGACCAGCAGGGCCGCAGAUUCAGCAACUUCAGCUCUCUGAGCAUCCAGUGGGAGUCCACCAGGCCGUCGCUGGCCAGCAUCGAGCCGGACCUGCCCAUGCGGCUGGUGUUCCAGGAGGAUGGGAGUGGCCAGAAGAGGUUGCACGGUUUGCAGCCCAUUUCUGUUCACAAGGCAUCGGGAACCACAGCCAUCUCCGCCACUGUGACGGGUUACCAGCAGUCCCACCUCAGUGCAGCCCGAGUGAAGCAGCCGCAUGACCCUCUCGUGCCCAUGUCGGCCUCCAUAGAACUCAUCCUGGUGGAGGACGUGAGGGUGAGUCCGGAAGAGGUGACCAUCUACAACCAUCCUGGAGUGCAGGUGGAGCUGCACAUCAGAGAAGGUUCUGGCUACUUCUUCCUCAACACCAGCACCGCAGACGUUGUGAAGGUGGUGUACCGCGAGGCCAGUGGCAGUGCCACGGUGCACCCUUUGCUCCCGGGCACAUCGACCAUCAUGGUCCACGACCUGUGCCUCACCUUCCCGGCCCCGGCCAAGGCUGACAUUUACGUCUCGGACAUUCAGGAAGUGUACGUCCGUGUGGUGGACAAGGUGGAGAUUGGGAAGACGGUCAAGGCCCAUGUCCGCGUGCUGGACUUCCACAAAAGGCCUUUCCCGGCCACGUACUUUGCCUUCAUGGACCUGAAGCUCCGAGCAGCCUCCCAGGUCGUCACACUGGUCUCCCUCGAUGAGGCUCUUGACAACUACACUGCCACGUUCCGUGUCCACGGUGUGGCCAUUGGGCAGACCAGUCUCACCGCAACUGUGACCGAUAAAGCUGGGCAGAGAAUCAACUCGGCCCCACAGCAGAUAGAGGUCUUUCCCCCAUUUAGGUUAAUACCCAGGAAGGUGACGCUGAUCAUCGGGGCCACGAUGCAGGUCACCUCCGAGGGAGGCCCCCAGCCACAGUCCAACAUCCUCUUCUCCAUCAGCAACGACAGUGUUGCCGUGGUGAACAGUGCGGGGCUGGUGCAGGGGCUCACCGUGGGCAACAGCACCGUGGCGGGGGUCGUGCGGGCUGUGGACGCUGAGACCGGCAAGCUCGUCAUCGUGUCUCAGGAUCUCGUGGAAGUGGAGGUGCUGCUUCUGCAGGCCGUGAGGAUCCGUGCGCCCAUCACCCGGAUGAGGACGGGGACCCAGAUGCCCAUUUACAUAACCGGGAUCACCAACAACCAGAACCCUUUCUCCUUCGGCAAUGCCGUGCCAGGCCUGACUUUCCACUGGUCAGUCACCAAGCGGGACAUCCUGGACAUCCGAGGACGGCACCACGAGGCGUCGCUCCGGCUCCCAUCCCAGUACAACUUUGCCAUGACCGUGCAUGGCCGGGUGAAAGGCCGGACCGGACUGAGGGUGGUGGUCAGGGCUCUGGACCCCACCGCUGGGCAGCUGCAUGGUCUCGCCAAAGAGCUCUCUGAUGAGAUCCAAAUCCAGGUAUUUGAAAAGCUGCUGCUGCUGAACCCUGAAAUAGAAGCAGAACAAAUAUUAAUGUCACCCAACUCGUUUAUGAAGCUCCAGACGAACAGGGAUGGCGCAGCUUCUCUGAGCUACCGUGUGCUGGAUGGGCCGGAGAAGGCUCCUGUCGUGCAUGUUGAUGACAAGGGCUUCCUGGCAUCGGGAUCUGUGAUUGGAACUUCCACCGUAGAAGUCACUGCACAGGAGCCUUUCGGGGCCAACCAGACCAUCAUUGUUGCAGUAAAGGUGGCCCCUGUAUCUUACCUGAGGAUCUCCAUGAGCCCAGCCCUGCAUACCCGGAACAACGCGGCUCUGGUGGCCCUGCCUUUGGGAAUGACCGUGACGUUCACUGUUCACUUCCAUGACAACUCUGGUGAUGUCUUCCAUGCCCACAAUUCAGUGCUCCACUUUGCAACUAACAGAGACGAGUUUGUGCAGAUCGGGAAGGGCCCCACCAAUCACACCUGUGUCGUCCGCUCUGCCAGCGUGGGCCUCACGCUGCUCCGCGUGUGGGACUUGGAGCACACGGGCCUCUCCGACUUCGUCCCACUGCCCGUCCAACAGGCCAUCUCCCCGGAGCUGCCUGGAACGCUGGUGGUGGGGGACGUCCUCUGUCUGGCCACUGUCCUGGUCAGCCUGGAAGGUCUCCCUGGAACCUGGAGCUCCUCAGCCAGCAGCGUCCUCCACGUGGACCCCAAGACGGGCGUGGCUGUGGCCCGGGAUGUGGGCUCCGUGACGAUUUCCUACGAGGUCCCUGGGGUCCUGAGGACCUACAAGGAGGUAGUGAUCGGCAUGCCUCAGAGGGUCGUAGCCCGUCACAUGCGCCCCGUCCAGACCGGUUUCCAGGAGGACACAGCCUCCAAAGUGACGGUCACCGUGGGAGACAGAAACUCUAACCUGAGAGGUGAGUGUUCCCUGGCCCAGACUGAAGUCAUUGAGACCCUGCACCCAGAGUCCCUCAUCAGCUGCCAGCUCCAGUUCAAGCAAGAUGUCUUCGAUUUCCCGGCACGUGACAUUUUCACUGCAGAACCAAGGUUUGACACCAUUCUGGGCAAGUACCUCUGCUUGGUCACGAUGCACAGACUGACGGACAAGCAGCUGAAGCUCCUGAGCUUGAAGAAGACAGCGCUGCUGGCCACUGCCUCCCUCUCGGGCAGCCACUUCUCUGGAGAGCAGGUUGGGGCUGAGGUGCCCUUCAGCCCAGGGCUAUAUGCCGACCAGGCUGAAAUCCUUUUGAGCAACCACUACACCAGCUCCGAGGUCAAGGUCUUUGGUGCCAUGGAGAUUCUGGAGAACCUGGAGGUGAAGUCGGGGAACCCAGCCGUGGUGGCCUUCGAGAAGGAGAAGUCUGUUGGGCUGCCCAGCUUUGUCACGUACACGGUCGGGAUCUCGGACCCUGUGGCUGGCAGCCAGGGGCCUCUGUCCACCGCUGUGACCUUCUCCAGCCCCGCGACUAGCCAAGCUGUCACCAUCCCGGUCACCGUGGCCUUUGUGAUGGAUCACCGAGGGCCCGGUGCUUAUGGAACGAGCUUCUUUCAGCACUUCCUGGACUCCUACCAAGUCAUGUUCUUCACACUGUUUGCCAUGCUGGCUGGCACCGCUGUCGUGGUCAUAGCCUACCACACGGUCCGCGCCCCCCGGGAGCUCGCCGCACCGCCAGCCCUCUCACCCCGAGCCAGCCCUCGGCACAGCCCCCACUAUUUUGCUGCCUCAUCGCCCCCGAUGCCUUUCCAUACACUGCCUAGUCGCCGGGCCACUCCUCCGUCGGGGCUGUGGAGCCCAGCGUACGCCACGCACUAGGCAGCAUGCCCCGCCGACGCCCGGGCGCUCCUGUGCCCCCACGACAGGCUGUCCUGCUCGGCCCAGCCCCGAGCCCACUCUCACUGCCGCCUCUAUCCUCAUAGACCUUAGUUGGCACUGCGCGUAGGCUUGUUCUCACAUAUCGGACUGUGUUUGUCUUACUUCAGCCUUGCAAAGGCUGAGACUUUCCGACUCAUUCCUCCAUGCCUGGUUGUCUAGGGUUUCUGGACAAUGUGCAGCUAUGCUUUUAUUUUCUUAGCGUCUCUGAAACCACUCCCUCCCAAGACUUCGAGCAGGCCGAACUGUUUCGAAGUUGUCUUUAGAUGAUGUUACUGCCGUAGUCUCAGGGAAAGGACUUUUUAAAAAUAUUUUUGUGUGGUGUUUUUCCCUGUGGAAACGACUUCCCUCUAGUCUGGCUCCUGCUAGGACAUGAGGGGAGUGAAUAACGAGUGUCUGGUCACUGCCCCGUUCCUGCACAGAAGCCUGAGGAUCGCAGCGCCGGAUCCCGUGCCGCCCGGCUCCAGGGAGACAGACACUGGACAGCAGCCAACAGCCUGCCUUAGCCCCUCGUCAGGCCACUGUGAACAGACUGCUGGUCUCUGUGUUGUCUGUGUCCUAAACUGUGGAAACAUCUCCUGGGCUCGGCCCCGGCCCUGUGGGGACAUCCCGGCUUCUCUGUCAGCACAGGGAUAUUGGAAUGUCCUUGAGCUAGAGUCAGGAAUGUCCUCUCCGUUCGUUUGGAAAAGCCACUGUGUUCCACCCAAGCACAAAGACCCAGUGUUUGUCCCUCUUGUACCACAGUCACACCUCAGCAGAUCUGAGCCUCUGUCCUGCCCCCAGCAGGAGAUGCCUCCCUGGAGGCAGUGGAGGGCCCAGGGCCCUCCAAGCAGCUCCCCAGCGGGCAGAGCUGGGCCGAGCCAGGUCCUGCAGACCCCCGCUCCAGGAAAGGCCCGGGGAGGAGAAGGCGGCCGGGGUAAGUCAUCCCUCCUGCCCCUCCUCACCCUUUCAGCAACUGAGACCUCCACACGCAGCCCUCUGCCCUGGGCAGGAGCCCUGUGCUCUCAGGAAGACCUGGAGAUGCAGCCCAGGGCCAGGCACAUGUGGACACUGUGUGGGGUCCUGUAUGACUCUGAGCCGCAAGUGUGAAGCCACUUCAGUCCUUCAGGGCUGGUCCACGGGAUUUCUUUUGUAAAGCUGGAGACAGGGAGAAUUGUGCCUUGCAUAUUACUUGAGCUCAAACUGACAACAUGGUGUAAAUAGGUGCAUUUCUACUCAGUUUAUUUAAUAAAGCGCAAUAUAAUUUCUUAA